GGACACCAGCCAGUCAUGGCCGCAGCUGAGACAGCCUUGUCCUCUGUCAGUACACUUGCCACGCUGGGCCAGUUCCUGGACACCCAAGAGGAUUUCCUCAAGUGGUGGCGCCCCGACGAGACACAGGAUUUGGGUCCGGGUCCCCCGGAUCUCACGGGGCCAUCCCUUCACGUGAGUCUGAAAUCGCAGCCCCCUCCCGGAGAGGACGAGGACGACGAGAGGGACGUGACCUGUGCCUGGGAUCCGGAUCUUUUCCUUACCAACUUCCCAGGUCCCGAGCCGCCAGGCACUCCCCGGAACUGUGCUCUGGUGCCCAGCGGGGCUCCGGUGGCACAGUACGCGCCGCCCGAGGCUCUGGGCGCCUAUGCAGGUGGCCCAGGGUUGGUGGCCGGGUCUUUGGGCUCCGAAGAGCACACGGGCUGGGCGCACUCCGCCCCGCGAACCCCAGCCUCUGAGCCCUUCGUGGCCCCUGACCUGGCCCCGGGUUCUGUGCCCAAGGCGCAGCCUGCAUUCUCCGAUUCGCGAGCGGGCUCGGCAGGCAGUUUCUUCCCGCGGGCCGGGCUCGGGGUGCCCACGGCUCCCAGCGCCCCCUAUGGGCUGCUGUCAGGGUACCCUGCGCUGUACCCCGCGCCACAGUACCAAGGGCAUUUUCAGCUCUUUCGCGGGCUCACGGAGCCUUCUGCCGGCCCCGCCGCGCCCCCUUCCUUCCUGAAUUGUCUGGGGCCCGGCGCGGUGGGCACGGAACUCGGAGCCACCGCGCUCGCGGGAGACGCAGGCUUGUCCCCGGGAGCCGCGCCGCCCAAGCGCAGCCGGCGAGCUUUGACACGAAAGAGGCAAGCGGCACACACCUGCGGGCACCAGGGCUGCGGAAAGAGCUACACCAAAAGCUCGCAUCUGAAGGCGCACCUGCGCACGCACACAGGAGAGAAGCCUUAUGCCUGCUCUUGGGAUGGCUGCGGCUGGAGAUUCGCUCGCUCGGACGAACUGACGCGCCACUACCGGAAGCACACUGGCCAGCGACCCUUCUGCUGUGGACUCUGCCCACGUGCCUUUUCGCGCUCUGACCACCUAGCUUUGCAUAUGAAGCGUCACCUCUGA